UAAUCAGCCCGUCUUAUGCAUCUCGGAACGAACAAGCCGGUUAGUGACUGCGUUGUCAUUCAAUUCGGGGGAAUUUCGGACCCUCGCGCCGCCGUCGAUUGUUUCGUUGACGUAUUUGCGCGAGUAUGAAAGGAUAAUACGCCUAUUGCAAAUCAAUUAG